AUGUGCUGCCGACAUCCUAGGUCGGUUGGCGGUACAUCCGCCGCACCCGAAACGCCCCAAUCCUCGGCUCCAGCAACGCCCCUACCGGCUCCAGCACCCACAGUGCCAACUCCGGCACCACCCACACCGGCUUCCACAACAGAAGCUCCCGCACCGUCAACGCCGGCUUCCACAACAGGAGCACCGUCAACACCGGCUUCCACGACAGGUGCACCGUCAACACCGGCUUCCACGACAGGAUCAUCAGAUCAGACUCAGUUCUUGGCAAAUUUGCUCGUGCAGCUGCAAGCAGCAGGCGCUGGGCCAGAACAGUUGCAGCCAAUUGUGGAUGCCAUCGCCAAGCAAUUUGUGCAGCAGCAGCAGCAGUCCCAAGCAGUGCCCGAUCCCCAGCAGGCUGUGGACGAGAUUUGCAUCGAGUUGGGGGCAUCACCGGACUACACAACCCAAGUUGCUCAAAUCCUGGAACAGGGCCAUGACCCCAACAGUGCGUCGGGCAGCCGAUCGUUGCAGCCUCCUCCUCCUCCGUCUGGAUCCAAUCCUGGUGGUGGAAACUCCGGCCAAGAAGUACCAGAGCCGAAGCAAAAGAAAGCUCGAGCCCCCAAAAAGCAGGGGUCGGAAAUGGAGACUGACAUUACGACGAUGGCCGCUGCCGCAGACUUUAAGUUGGACGACUUUGUGACCACUUGGGUUGGUGCUUGUACGACGGCAGAAGGCAAAGCAAUGGUUACGACAAUCGAGUUACUGGGGCACUCGAUAAUCAUGUCUGUCGGUGUUUUGUUCAUGUUCGUGAAGCCACAGCAGUAUUCUAAUGCACAUGAUCCAAGGCUGGAGCCCCUGCAGUCCCAGUCCGAGCUGAUUAAGAUGAUCAACGCAAGCAGCAUGGGUAUGGCUGAGAUACGUAAGGAACUCCAGGCAAAGCAGAAGACCCUUACGAUCGAAGCCCUGCAGACGAUUCUUCGGAAGGCUAUGCAUUACAAGGGAGUGUGGGUUUGUAUUGGGAUCAGCUUUGGCUUCACGUCGUUGGGGAAGGGAAUGGAGUUUCGGGGCCGCUGGGGAAUCAAUGGUCAAAGUCCUACAGCUUCUGCAGCUCCCUUCGUCGAGGCUUACAAGCAGCACUCGAAGGUGGCUGCAAACCUGAAUGAAGACUCCAUGGACCUCGUGGAGUUCUGGAACAAAGCUCGCUUCGAGGACUGGGGGGCGCGAACCACCCAGUGCAAAGCUGGAGCGAUGCGGAAAAGGAAUAUGCUUAUCAUUUCUUGGUCGCCGCUGACAAGCUCCAAAGAAUCGAUGUAUGGCAAAUACCCCUUUUGUGUGAUAAGAAGUGAUUAUUUCCACUACUUGGGGGACGAGAACGUGACUCUGUCGCACUUGCAGGAAGACUUGGUCAAGUCUUUGAACCUUUGUGCAGACCGCACUAAUGGCCUUAAUGCAACACUUCAUGUUUGCGCAGGGAAAGGCGACUGGAAGUGGCGUCACGAAUGGUUGCAACAAUCCCGCUUUUAUGGGCGCGUCACGCAUGGAAGCAAUGGAAUUUGCCAACGGUGCUUUGCUGCCAAAAACGAUUGGCUUGACGUGCACGAGCGAUUCAACAAUGCUGAAGAUGUACUUCGGGCCCAAGCAACAGCUGUUGGCGAAGGCAUUGCUAUGAAGCAGCUAAGCGGCUGGACGCCCAAUAUGGAAUUGCCGGACCUUUUGCAUUGCAUUUGGCUUGGCACGGGCAGGGACCUUGUCGGGAGCUUGUGCAUGGAGAUGGCCGAGACAAGGCAAGAUCUGGUCGGAUCAACAUACGACGAACGCCUGGAUUGUUUGAGGAGGGACAUACAAGCUUGGUGUGCAUCCCACGGCAUCCGGCCGUCGACGAUCGACGAACUGAGCCUGGCAAAGCUCGGCGUGGAAACGCUGAGCCUGGACUUUCCACAGGGCCCCUCCAAGGGGUACGCCAACAAAGUGCUGCAACUUCGUCUAAUUUAUUUCAACGGUGCCUGCUAG